ACGAGGCUUGGAAGUUUUCCACGUACAUGGUGUCUCUCCCCUGGAUGGACGGGGAGAAAUAACAUCUGCAGAUUGCUGCCAGACACCCUGAGAACACAAGCCCACCUGGUCUUUGGUCCCUUUGCUGAAUGGCAUUCGCUGCGGCAACCCACUGAGGGCUCCUUUCCUGGGGAUUCAGGGUUUGAGCACGGGACUCCAGUCUGGGAAGAUGCUGAGUUCCAUCAAGUGCGUGUUGGUGGGCGACAGCGCUGUGGGGAAAACCUCCCUGUUGGUGCGUUUCACCUCCGAGACCUUCCCUGAGGCCUAUAAGCCCACGGUGUACGAGAACACGGGUGUGGACGUCUUCAUGGAUGGCAUCCAGAUCAGCCUGGGCCUCUGGGACACUGCUGGCAAUGAUGCCUUCAGAAGCAUCCGCCCCCUGUCCUACCAGCAGGCUGACGUGGUGCUGAUGUGCUAUUCCGUGGCCAACCAUAACUCGUUCUUGAACUUGAAGAACAAGUGGAUUGGUGAAAUCAGGAGCAACCUGCCCUGUACCCCGGUGCUGGUGGUGGCCACCCAGACCGACCAGCGGGAAGUGGGGCCCCACAGGGCCUCCUGCAUCAAUGCCAUAGAAGGGAAGAAACUGGCCCAGGAUGUGCGAGCCAAGGGCUACCUGGAGUGCUCAGCCCUCAGCAACCGGGGAGUGCAGCAGGUGUUUGAGUGUGCUGUCCGGACUGCCGUCAACCAGGCCAGGCGACGAAACAGAAGGAGGCUCUUCUCCAUCGAGUGCAAGAUCUUCUAA